CAAAAUUAAGCAAAUGAAGUGCAUCUGGGCUCCUGUAACCUCUCUUCUGCCCCAUUGGAGAUAGGUAAUUACAUCAGGCAUUGCGGCUCGGGAAAUUGGGACAAUUUGAAAAGAUCCUUUCCCCUUUGACUCUUCAACGUUUAAGUCUUUUGCACCAACAGCGGCGAGUCUUGUUACGCAGAAUUAACUGAGCACUAUAACGAUGCCAUCUGCGCCAAAGUACACGAGACUGAACUUUCUGGCAUUUGCGUUUGCAUGCUUCUCCACCAUCUCGUUCGUUGUGUUUCUCACGUCAACGCAACCCUUCUUCCUCACUGAUGUCCUUGGUGUCACUGACAAGAUUGGGGAUUAUAUCGGCACCUUGGGUGUUGCGGAUGAAUUGGUCUCAAUGGCCGUGAGUCCAUUCCUGGGUGCCCUGAGUGAUAAAGUUGGGGCCAAAUACAUCUCCUCUGCCGGUGUGUUUGCCAUUGGUAUCUCUCUGAUGCUGUACACUCUGGCUAAGACUGUCUACCCAGACCUCCUCAUCUUGAGAUUGUUCUUUGCAUUCGCAGCCACCGCUGCUGCCUCCAUGAUGACUGCGAUGCUUGCCGAGCUGAGCUCUUCUGGGUUCGAUCUGAAGUCCUUGUUCCAGUGGAAGACUCCUGUCCAGAUCUUGGAGCAAGGUGGUGGUGAAGCUGAAGAAACCCCCAACCAACAUAAUGACUUUGCUGACGACCCAGCUUCGAAGAGAAACGGUAAGUUGACCUCUGUUAUUGGAAUUGCUACUGGAUUGGGUGCAGUGUUCUCAGUAGGCGUAUAUCUACCUCUGCCAGCAAAGCUGGGUAACAUUGAGCCCCCAAAACAGGCCCUGAAACACUCCUACGUGAUUGUCGGUGUCGUUGCUGUAUUCUCUUCUGCAGCACUGGCAUAUGGCCUGUUCUCGAAGAAGAAGUUCAGAGUGCCAUUGUUAUCCAAAUACCUGACCCCGUACGAUGAUGUCCUUGAGGCAUUGGAAGAGGAAGAACAGGCACUUGCCAGAGAGGAUGAGGAGAAGGGAUACUUCCAGUUGCUACAAUUGGGGUUCGCAGAGGCAAGAAACAAGAAGAUUGCUCUUGCGUACUUUGGUGGGUUCCUUGCUCGCUCCACAACGGUUGCCACGUCGGUGUUCAUCCCAUUGUACGUCAACAAGUACUACUACAAGAAGGGAAUUUGCUCUGUUGGUAACGGUGAGCACUGUAGAGAGGCUUAUAUACAGGCUGCCAUCCUAACGGGUAUCACACACACUGUGGCAUUGAUCUUGGCCCCGGUAUAUGGAUACAUCUGUGAUAAGUUUGGACGCAAGAACUCCAUGAUCCUCACCACUGUGUUCGGUAUCAUCUCAUCGUUUGGCCUUGCAUUCGCCUCUAACCCAAGAAGUGUAGCUGCAAUUGUGAUGGUCUGCUUCUUUGGAGCUGCACAGAUUGGUCACAUCAUCACUUCAAUGUCACUGUGUACUGAUGAGCACCGUGCUCAUAACGGUGCCAUUUCAGGUGUGUACAGUUUAUGCGGUGGUAUGGGUAUCCUUCUGAUCUCAAAGGUUGGAGGAUUCUCAGCUGACUACUGGAUGGGAGCACCGUUCAUCAUCCUUGCUGGUUUCAACAUCUUGCUGCUGGUUGCAACGCUGUACGUUGGUAACAAGAUUCACCUCGCGUUGAGCUUCGUCCCAGGUAUUCGUAACCACAUCUCCCUGCCUGUUGAUGAUGAGGUUGAAGAAGUCUAAAUGUACAUAAAAUAACUGCAACGAGGG